AUGGAGGCCAGAGCUGUUAGUUUUCGUCCAAGUAGUGUUCGUGUAGAAGCGAUAGGAGCGAACAGCUUGCAACAUGAAUCUGCUUCUGUGAGGAGGAUCUCAUGGGUUAGGACCUCGACACUGUUCUCUCUUCGUCACGACAGAUAUAGAAAGAGACGAGAGUCGAUCACAAGGGUUUCUGCAUCCUCUGCUACCCCUCCCGAUUUCUCGGCGCGGUCAUCUAGCGGAGAUUUCAAGAGCAGCAACAGCGGCAAAACGCGUGGAGAAAGCAACAGAGGUGACAACGCCGAUGGCUCCAUGAAAGAUCAGCAUGAUGAUCCGAAACCUUCUAGUCCCCUGAAUCCCCCUUCUGUGGGUCCCUCUCCAUCUGUCAGCAAAUCGUCUCCGUCCACUCAACCAUCAUCUUCUUCAGCCAAUCCGCCAUCAUCGCCUUCAGUUAGCCAAUCAGGCUCCUCGUCGUCAAAUCCUUCCGCUUUCUCCAGCAGGCCUCAGAAUCCGAAACAGGAUCAAAUACCACGCCCGGGUAAAAGUGGUCCGGGCCAAGGAGGCGUGGUUAAAGCCAACACGCAGUAUCGAUCGGUAGAAGAUGGUAGUAUGCAGGAGUAUAACCGAUCUUCAAAUGGAGGAGCAGCCAACUUUCCUGUAGCGGUUGUAGGUUCGUCGAUGACGCCGUCAAGGCCAUUCUCUAAGCCUCCACCGUUUCGGCCUCCCCCUAGUCCAGUAGCCGGGAUUGACAUGCAGCUGAGACAGCAGCAAGAACAAGGACAGCGACCAAAACCCGCAAUGGACUCCGAAUGGAUAAACUUAAUGUCCCCGGACUGGUAUCCAGUCAAGCCGAUCUGGCAGGGUACUGAGCAGUGCGUUUUGGAGCAAAAGGACUUGCUCCUCUCGCUUCCUCGUCUUUGGAGGAUGAUGCUUCUGAGCGAUGGCUCAGUUACGCGCCAUUUGGAGCUCUUGCUCGGGGAGCAAGUCUCCGUAGACUGUGUGGAGAUGCGGGGAAUUGGUCAUGCUCUUCUGGGCUUGCCUCCUGGCACAGCGCUCGUGCCAGGACCACGAGUUCAGAGACAGGUCCAUUUGAAGCCUCCUUCAGGCGAGGUGUUGGUGUAUGCUGCUUCAUGGUGGGCGGCAGAGGAGGUGAAGUCAGCACUACCAGCUGUGCAACAGCCUAUAUGGAAGACAUUGCAGCAGCAGAGGACAGAACUCUUUCGCUCGCUAGAGCGGCUGUAUUAUGGCUCCUCUCCUCAUUUAGAAAGAAUAUUUGGAGUACCAGGACCUUUCUGGGCUAGACAUUAUUUCUUUUAUAGUCAUGGUCGCCCACUUACCCUCAUCUACGAAGCCUUUUCUCCUCGUUUGGAUGCUGUUUUAGGGGACAGCAGGUCACCAAACCUUCCACCUCAUAUGUGA